CAUUGUCGGGGGCUGACAUGGCCAAACCGGAACCGUGGAUGCCUGGUUCAAUGUUCACACUGUCAGCGGGGAAGAAGACAGAGGCUGCCCGGGUGUUCUUCGGUGACGGACUGUUUGACCUGGCAACCGAGAAGGACGAAGAAGCAUCUGCCUUCUCUGCAACCGUUGCCAGAAUCCGAAACCAUUACAAUGCCGAUGACGCUGUCACCAACCCAGGCUACAUUCACAGCCCCGUAUUCAUCAACCACUACCAUGCUGACAUGGAAACCAGUGUCAAAGUGGUACUCCUGCAAUCGGGAACCAACAAACCCAUCGUCUUUACCUGUGAUGUCAACAUCUAUGUGCAGCAUGUGAUCAGUCAGGCUCUGUGCCACGAAGAAGUGUCCGAUAUCUCCAGUGAAGCCUUUGUCCUGAAGGUCCCCGGUCUCGCGGAAUACCUCCACAACGAUGUGAAACUGAGCAGCUAUGAGUACGUCCAGGAAUGUCUGAAGCUGGAUCAAGAUGUUAAACUGGUCUUGCUCCAUCGAGCGGAAAUGAAGAAGAAUCUCAGUCGAACGGCUGAGGACGAUGAAGGCGACAUAUCAAAGAUCAAUUUCUUGACUCUGUUUGAGCGACCUGUGACAACCGCUGUCUCCAAGUGGAAUUAUGAUACAGUUGAACUUUGUGAACAGAAAGGCCUUGAUGUGUUACUGAGUGCUUUCACUCUUGAAGGGGACAAGUUGAUGGCUGCCGUCAAGUCUGGUGCUCAACCAAAAGUCAAACCUCUCAUCCAGACGGUGAAAGCCAUCUGCUUCACACUGGCCACCGUGGAGCCCAACGAGAUCUCGACGGCCAUCCACGAGUUGCAGAAGUCAUCCGACCCUGAAGCGGCCUACGAGAAGCUGACUGCCGCCGUGCUGCACCUAGUGGACAUGUACUGCACGGCGUUUGACACCGACUUCCGGACGGGGACCGACAACACGGACGAGGCAGUGCAGGACAUCACCGUCAAGGGUCACAACCUGAGGGUCUGCAUCGCCUCGGCCCAUCGCCUGCAGAGCAACGUCAAAAAUGCUCAUGAGUUUUACACAGUCUCAGCUCAGCUCUACUACGGCGGCAAUGCCCUACAUUUCCCCAUCGACACUUGGCCUGCCCGCAUCAAUAGCUCCUUCUUUGACAAGCUGGCUUGGAAUCAGGAGCUAGAGCUUCCAAUUCCAGUCAGUCAACUCCCCAGGGAAGCCCGACUAAUCUUGACCCUGUCAGGCCAGGACAACUCAAGUGCAGAUUCGGACAAAACUGUCCUGGGCUGGGUGGCGAUAUCCAUGUUCAACUUCCGGGGAGAGCUUCAGACAGGCAGUCACCUGUUGGGGCUUUGGGCUGAUUCUUCCGUCAAUCCGAUUGGAACCUGCUCCUCCAAUCUUCUCACCAAGACCAGCAUCAUCCUUCAGAUAAACUUUGAGGAUAUGAAACAGCUCUGCAUGUUUCCAGAGAUCCGGGCUCUCGAAGAUAAAGUGUACGACUUUGACAUGCUGGAGCCUCACAACCAGCACCGAAUCAGGGAAAUCUUGGACAAAGACGCCCUGUCAUCCCUGAACUCGGAAGACACCAUGUUCCUGUGGAGCAAGCGGCACUAUCUCCAUGGCAACGCAUCAGCCCUGCCCCGCAUCCUGGAGGUGGCCCCCACCUGGGACUGGGCCUGCCUUGCCGACAUCUACUCCUUGCUCAGGAACUGGAAACCGGUCAAGCCCAUACAGACGCUGCAGCUACUCCACCCAAGAUUUGCGGACAGGGAAGUGCGGCGCACAGCGGUGAAAUGGAUGCAGAGUAUCUCGGACGAUGAGCUGUGCGACUACCUACCUCAGCUUGUCCAGGCCCUGAAGUACGAGAGUUACCAUGACUCUGCCUUGGCGCGAUUCCUGAUUGAGCGGUCCAUACAAAGCAUACGGGUCUCACACUUCCUGUACUGGUGUUUAAAGGACAGUCUUCGGGAGCACCAGUACAAGCAACGCAUUGAGAUGAUCCUUGGGGCGUUACUCAGCAUCUGCUCCAAGGGGCUGAGGCAGCAAUUCAGACUCCAGGAGGCACUGAUUGAGAAUCUCAACACCAUCGCGGAGCAGGUCAAGGGAGCCAAAGAUGCCAGCAGGAUGUCCUUACUUCACGGAGGCUUGGAGAGCGUGGAAGCCGAACUUGACAGCAAUGUGCACCUCCCGACCAACCCUUCGCUGGAAGUGAGAGGGAUUAACGUCCAGAAUUGUGCUUACUACAGCUCGUUUACCGUCCCGCUGAAGUUGGUUCUCUUCAAUGCCGAUCCGUUGGCUGAGGACGUGACGAUAAUGUACAAGGCGGGUGAAGACAUGCGACAGGAUAUGCUGACCAUGCAGAUGAUUCGAAUCAUGGACAAACUCUGGCUCUCCGAAGGUCUCGACCUAAGAAUGAUAACCUUCAGGUGCAUGGCAACCGGACUCAACAGAGGUUUGGUAGAGCUUGUUGGUGAGUCGGAGACCAUGCGGAAGAUUCAAGUAGAGUACGGCCUGACUGGCUCUUUUAAAGACAAGCCGCUGGCUGUCUGGUUGCAGAAGCACAACCCGACAGAACUAGACUACCAGAAGGCUGUCGAGAAUUUCACCUAUUCGUGUGCCGGUUACUGCGUAGCAACCUAUGUUCUUGGUAUCGGCGACAGACAUAAUGACAAUAUCAUGGUGACGAGGACUGGUCACAUGUUCCACAUUGACUUUGGCAAGUUCCUGGGUAAUGCACAGAUGUUUGGGAACAUUAAGAGAGAUCGUACCCCAUUCGUUUUGACGCCGGAGAUGGCCUACGUCAUCAACGGUGGUGAGAAACAGAGCAGUAACUUCCAGAACUUUGUGGACUUGUGUUCCACGGCGUUCAACCUCGUCAGGCACCAUGCCGACAUCUUCUUCAAUCUCUUUGGCUUGAUGCUGAAUGCGGGCAUUAGCCAACUGUCCAAACCAGAAGAUCUGAAUUACGUCCAGAAUGCUCUCAAACCCAAGGCAAGCGACACGGAAGCCACAACCAUGAUAACGAGGUUGAUUGAGGCAAGUCUAGGGUCAAAGGCCACGCAGAUCAACUUCUUCAUCCACAACUUGGCCCACCACAGCUUCUCCGCUGCCAACAGCCUGGAACUCUCCUUCGCUCCCAAGAGAUACACGAUGGCCAUGGAUGGUAAGAUUGCGAGUGCCUCGAUGUUUGGCAUUCAGAAGAGAUACGAGGAUGCCAAAUACUAUGUGUACAUCGUCAGCGUUCUACGGGAGGGCUCCAGCGUGCCCUCCUUCAUCUUCCGCCGCUACAGCGAGUUCAGCGAGUUUGCCCAGAAGCUGGCCGUCCUCCACCCGCAGGCCCGCGUCUUCAACCUGCGCUCGGGGCCCCUGGUGGGCCGCACCCACGUCAACCAGGUGGCGGAGAAGCGGCGCAACGAGCUGGACCUCUUCCUGAGGCACCUGUUUGCUCUGCCGCCCGAGGUCUCGCAGUGUGAUCUCGUCUAUACCUUCUUUCAUCCGUCGCUAAGGGACGAGAAAGAUGCCCAUCUCGCGUACAAGAGCGUCAAACUAAAAAAUGGGCCAUUGUUUCCGACUGACUCCGAUGACCCCAUUACAACCGACACUGUGGAACCCACCGUGGCCCCUGGUCAGUUUUCUGGCCGCGUCCAAGUGGCCAUUCGUUACCAAAAGGACGCCCUGAUGAUCAUGGUCAGGCAUGCAGCCGAUCUCCUGGCACCGGACAAAGGCGAGCCCGACCCGUACAUCAAGACGUACCUGUUGCCCGAUCCGCACAAGCAGACCAAGAGAAAAACCAGAAUUCAGAAGAAGACGUCCAAUCCCACGUACAACGAGAUGCUCGUUUACUACAUUCCCUGGUCCGAGGUCCUGAAACGCACCAUCCGGCUCACGGCUUGGGAUUCGGAUUACCUCAAGGAGAACAACUUCCUGGGUGGAAUAGAUAUCCCCAUCGCUAGCCUGGACCUGAGCGUGGAGACAGUGGCUUGGUACAUGCUGGGUAAUCUUGCCAGAGAUCCCUAAGAGCCAGGCUAGUAAGUCAGCUCAGAGGCCUGGCCUGGGCUCGAGGCUGGCAUGGCAGAGUGACUGCCUCCAGAAGUAAUGUACGAUAGAACCAGGCUAGGUGAAGAUUUGCAGUGUCAGCUUGGAAUAGUCGUUGUCGGAAAGGUAGUACCAGGCUGGAUUAGAAAUGCCCUGGAGAUAGCCUGUUCUAUGCUUGUCUUUCUUGCUUCAAGAUGUGCUUUAGGAUUGGGCACCGUGACCCAGGCUAUUCUUUAGCUUGACAAUAAAGUCUGGCUUGUGCUCCGUCAUGUGCAAUGGUAUAGCUUUAAUCACACCAAACUUGGAACGGAAUUUAUAGACUUACACAUUACUCUAGCACAUCAUUAACCUUUGUGGUGGUUUUGCAUAAAUCUUGUGAUUUUCUUUUUUACCGUUUGAACUUUUCAGCAGAUUGUUUCAAUCGGUUCACAUGUGUCCCUUGGGUCAUGUAUUUGACUAUUUGUGCAUUUUUGGCACUGUCUGAUAAACCAGAGAAAAAUAUGUAGCCAAUAUAGUUACAGUGAUGAUAGUUAGACAAGUGAAUAACUUUGAGAUAUUUGAAACAACUUGAAAACAGAGUCAUGUUGGUGGGUAAUUCCAGAAAGAAGGGGUCCAUUUUUUCCCCGUGUCACUGU